AUGAAUGAGGAUUUGCAAUUUCGUGUAGAUUAUGUAAAGUCUAAACUGUUGUCAACACAUGUUGUUAAAGUAAAAAACGACUGGAUCGUGGAAUGUGUCAAAUUUUUUAUAAGUCAAUCAAGAAAUAUCGACAAUUCUCAACUUUAUCUUCAAGCUUAUGAACAAUUCCUUCUAGCUGAUGUUAAAGAAGCUUCAAAUCCCGUAAUUCCAAUGACAGUUCUUAGAAAUAAACAACCGUUUACAUUGAAUGGAACUUUUUUAUUACAAAUGCAAUUCUUAAUUGACAUUGCUGAAUCACCUUACGAGCAACAUCGACGACUUCAUAAUAUUAAACUAGAUGAUGUGGAAGAAAUCAAGGAAUCGAAAACAUUUGCAGCGAAAAAGAAAAGAGUUUUUAAAUUAGAACUUACAGAUGGUCACAAUACAAUUAGUGCAAUGGAAUAUACAACGAUUCCUGUAUUGAACAGUAAGUUAUCGCCAGGAAUAAAGCUUCAAGUCAUCGGUCCUCUGCAAGUGGUUAAUCACAUUCUUUUAUUGGAGUCGAAAAACCUAAAGAUUCUCGGAGGUGAUGUCGAUGAUUUGUUGAUUUCAAAUGCAUAUGAGAAUGUUCUAUUAAAAGCUCUGAAUAAGCCAUUAACUGAAACACCUUUAACCGAUUACAAAGUUGAACCAACAACAAUCGAAACUCAAAGACAAUAUCGUGAUGCAAAUCAACAACAUGCAACAGUAAUUAAUCAAAAUAAUCCAAACAAACAAAUUGCUGUCGAUGAUUUGAAUGGAAUUAAUUUUGAUGAUGAAGAUGACUUCGAUGAGGAAAUGUUGUUACAAAUCGAAGAAGUGGAACAGAGAAAUCGAUCUAGUCAAGAAAGUAACAACUCGAAUAAGCAACAAAAAAUUGAUGACGAAAUUGGUGAAGACAUUCUCGAAGCGAUGGAAGUUGAUGAUUUAAUGAUACGUCAGCGCUUACAAAAUAAUGAGAUUAUUGAAAUAAAUGAUAACGAACAUCUUCCGAGAAUAAAUCAAAAUGAUUUACUAAUUCCCAAUAUUGAUAUUCCCGAAGACAAUGAGAGUCAGCAUGUUGAUUUUAUUUCAAGACCAAGUAAUUCAAAUUGGAGAAAUUCGAUUGAAAAUAGUGAUGAUCAAGUUCCGAAAAAAAUUGCACGGGUUGAACCUACAAGAUGUUCAACUUUCUCUGACAAUGAUUACAAGUUCAAAACGACUGAUGGCUUCAAUAUUGUUACAAUCGAUCAAUACAUUUCAAUGAAAACAACCGAGAAAGCGAAGAAAGCUUAUGUAAUUAAAGCACGAGUACAUGAGUUUGGAAUUCGAAAAAAAUUGAGAAUCGAUAAGAAGAAAUGGCAUUUAGAGUGCGAUCUUACUGAUUCUUACUCUGAAAAGAUUCUUACUGCAAAGUUCAGUAAUAACAUUCUUGAAUUUCUUUCUGGUGCAACGGGACAAGAGAUGCAAGCGAUGUAUCUGGAAGCAAAAGCAAGACCACAACUUCGUGAAGAUAUCAAUCGAAUCAUCGAGAGACUUCGUAUAAAAAUUAUAGAACUUCAUAAUUUUCUAAAAAUUGAUUUGAAUUGUACACAAACAACAUCAAGUAAGUUCGAAGUCAUUGAAAUUCUCGAUGAUAACAAUUUCAACUCCCAAAUAUUAUCGAAAAAACUGAAAGAAGAGAAUCUAAAAGAAGUUAAUUGA